CACCUCUGGGCCCGGAAUAUGAGGAGACCCAGAGGAAACAGGUCAAGCCUCUUGCCUAAGGUCAUGCAUUCAGUCAUGGUGGGAUCCAGAUGGGCACCUGAUUCCAGAGCCUGUGGUACAGCUUCAAGAAAUGGCUGCCCAGUGUGUAACGAAGGUGGAGCUGAAUAUUUCCUGUGACAAUCUUUUGGAUAAAGAUGUAGGGUCAAAGUCGGACCCUUUAUGUGUGUUAUUUGUGAAUACAACUGGUCAACAGUGGUAUGAGGUUGAGCGCACAGAGAGGAUUAAGAAUUGCUUGAAUCCUGCAUUUUCCAAGACCUUUAUUAUUGAUUACUAUUUUGAAGUAGUUCAGAAAUUGAAAUUUGGGAUUUAUGAUAUCGACAACAAAACUAUCUCGCUGAGUGAUGAUGACUUCUUAGGAGAAUGUGAAUGUACCCUUGGACAAAUUGUUUCCAGUAAGAAGCUGACUCGACCACUGGUGCUUAAAAAUGGCAGACCUGCCGGGAAAGGGAGCAUUACGAUUUCAGCUGAAGAAAUAAAGGAUAACAGGGUGGUCUUGUUUGAAAUGGAAGCAAGAAAACUGGAUAAUAAGGAUCUCUUUGGAAAGUCAGAUCCAUACCUGGAAUUCUAUAAGCAGACAUCUGAUGGAAACUGGCUAAUGGUUCAUCGAACAGAGGUUAUUAAAAACAACUUGAAUCCUGUUUGGAGGCCUUUUAAAAUCUCUCUUAACUCCCUCUGCUAUGGAGAUAUGGACAAAACUAUAAAGGUAGAGUGCUAUGAUUAUGAUAACGAUGGGUCACAUGAUCUCAUUGGAACAUUUCAAACCACCAUGACAAAACUGAAAGAAGCCUCCAGAAACUCACCUAUUGAAUUUGAAUGCAUAAAUGAAAAAAAGAGGCAAAAGAAGAAAAGCUACAAGAAUUCAGGUGUUAUCAGUGUGAAACAGUGUGAGAUUACAGUGGAAUGCACAUUCCUUGACUAUGUCAUGGGAGGAUGUCAGCUGAAUUUUACUGUGGGAGUGGAUUUCACUGGCUCCAAUGGUGAUCCAAGGUCUCCUGACUCUCUUCAUUACAUCAGCCCCAGUGGCACGAACGAGUAUUUGACUGCUAUCUGGUCUGUGGGACUGGUCAUUCAAGAUUAUGAUGCUGAUAAGAUGUUUCCAGCUUUUGGUUUUGGAGCUCAGAUACCUCCUCAGUGGCAGGUUUCGCAUGAAUUUCCAAUGAACUUUAAUCUAUCCAAUCCCUACUGUAAUGGAAUCCAAGGCAUCAUAGAAGCAUAUCGGAUUUGCCUUCCCCAGAUAAAACUCUAUGGACCAACUAAUUUUUCUCCAAUCAUAAAUCAUGUGGCCAGGUUUGCUGCCACAGCCACACAGCAGCAGACAGCUUCUCAAUAUUUUGUGCUCUUAAUUAUUACUGAUGGUGUGAUCACAGACCUUGAUGAGACGAGACAGGCUAUAGUUAACGCUGCCAAGCUGCCUAUGUCCAUCAUCAUUGUUGGGGUUGGAGGGGCUGACUUCACUGCCAUGGAGUUUCUGGAUGGCGAUGGUGGAGGUCUCCGCUCCCCAUCAGGCGAGGUCACCAUCAGAGAUAUCGUCCAGUUUGUGCCCUUCAGGCAGUUCCAGAAUGCUCCUAAAGAAGCGCUUGCUCAGUCUGUCUUGGCGGAGAUCCCCCAGCAGGUGGUGGGCUACUUCAACACAUACAAACUCCUUCCUCCCAAGAACCCCGCUAAGAAAUGAAAGAAGCUGUGGCUGGCUGGGCAGAAUUCUUUUGUGCCACGUGGAGCAAUGGAUUCCUCUCCCACCCCAUAUCAUGAAUCUGUCAUUAUACAUGCUUUUACCUUAGCAUUUAUGUUGUAAACCUCUAUGGAUUUUAUCAAUUUAAGGCAUUCUUUUUAUACUAUUUUUUGGAGGAAAGUGCUAAGUUAAUCUUUGCCUAAUCAGUUCAGUGAUUUGCUAGUGAUUUAUAGUAAUUACAGUGAAGCUGUUUGGAUUAGAAACUUGUGUGGGAAAAGCCUAAUUCAGUGGUGGUUUACUUUCAUAUCAUGAAAAUGCUGUUUUUAAAUGUUUGCCAAAUAGAAAGAGAAAAAUUGUUGGGAUGAUGUGAUUUAUAAGUUGCUGUACUUUGUUUGCUCUAGGCAAUAUGUGUCUUAUGAGACAAUGUCCGUAUCAGAUAACAGGAACUUCUUAAAUUAGAUACCAAAUUUGUUCCUAUUUUCAGUGCUUUCCAAUGGGAUAAGACUGCCUUUGUGCCUGAAUUUUGUUGCAGUUUAGAUGCUGCACCGUUUACAAAACAGCAUUUAUUCACAUAGGACUUCAUGAAAAGUACCAAAUGAGAAGGGAAAGCACAUAUUUAAUUCUUAAAUGUAUACUCACUCAGUAAGUAAGUAAAUGGAACCUUACGUAAGUAAGCAAUUACUUGUCUUUCUAGAUCUUUUAUUUUCAUUGUGGAAUACUGUAAACAUGGUCAGAUUCGACCUUUGCAUUGACUGUAUGUGACACUCAGGAUUCUAUAUAAGUAUAGACAAUAGGUUGUCCUAGAUUCAACACUGUUAGCUUACUUUAAUUGGAAUUUGCUAGAAUGGUUAGGACUGCUUUGUCCAGGUAAGCUAUGAGGACCAAACAUAUAAGGGGAAAUAUAGAAUUCCAUUUCCUUUUAACUAAUGAAAGAUUUGACUUAUUAAAAAAAGACAAUUUUUAUACUUCCCUUGCUAAGUUCCCAUACAUUGAAUCGUGCCUUUGCACAGAUUCAUUUAGACAUAUUCACCUUUUUUUAGUAACACUUUUAGUUUGAUUUCUAAACUCAUGAUGGUGUUAUCUAUUAAUAAAAAUCAUAUUUUACAUUUUAAUAAUAAGACCAGAAUGUGUUGUGUUAAGCAUAAAACCUGUUGUAGCUUUAAAAAAAGUUCCACCUGCUGCAUUGGAUAGAGUGGACUUUAUAAACUUUUUUUUAGAGUAGAAAUUUUUUCCUGGUUUUUACCCUUCAGAACAUAUUACUUAGCAAACUUUACAUUUUCAGAAUAGAUUCAGUAGGGGUUUAUUGAGGACCUCUGGUGCCAAGUACUAUGCAUAUUCAUAUAUUGGCCAAUCAUCUUUGACAAUGUAGCAUUAAAAUUGCGUGUUUAUCACAUACCCUAAGUAGAUGCACCCAGUGCCUUGCUGACAUACCUUUCAGUCUUACUGAAAACCUGUACCUCAGCUCAUGUCUCUUGUUCUCUGAAAUGUCUGAAGGAAGUCAGGUCUCAGCCAUGAACAGUUUCGGCUUCUCAGAAACGGCCCAAUACCCAGGUCAGACUUAAAGGGGACCUGCUUGCUGCCUGGUUGCCUGCGAGGCAAGCCGCUAGCACCUUCCCACUUGGCUUGCUGGCCUCUGGAUGUGUGCUGUUAACUUGAAGGUACCUCUGUGGCCAUCUAGUAAUCUGUAUUAUGUCUCAGCUGGAAGUCAUUUUGACAUCAGGUAGGGGAGGAAGAACUAAUCAGUCUGCUAAUAAUAGUUGGAGCCUUUGUUGUCUCAGAGGUCGUGAUUUCAGUUCUCUCUGUGUGCUUCAAAACAGCACAUAGUAUCUAUCUUGCUGUGGAUUUCAGAAUUUUCUUUUUUUGACACAAUCUCAAUGUAUGGUAAAACAGAAGUAGAACUUCUGUGAAGCCAGGUAGGGCCCAGAGCUCCACUCACUGGGCCUCGUCCUCACGGUCGCGAACCAGCUCCUCGAAGCCCCUGUAUGGUCCGCUCGGGGCACUUGGGAACCACUCGCCAGGAGCAGUCAUUGUUUGCACUGGCACUUCGGUCACCGCUGUCAAAUUGAUUUAGUCUUCAUAAUUUCAUAUUCUGGGUUUAACCAGAAUUGUUCCCUUUUUAGAAUUUGAUUUUUUUCGUUCCGGAUCAGGUUCAUCAGUAGAUAGCUGUUAUUCAUAAUGUGAUUCCAGCAAAUUAAGGUAAUUGGUGUUUUUUUUUCAGUUUUGAAUAAAAGCAUUUAAAUGUCUAAAUUAUCAUUUUAUGAAAUUUUUAAUUUCCACAUUUCUCCUUACCAUGUGCUGAUUUAAUACUGUUUUAUAUUAAAAUAGUCCUUUUCCCUGUUGUGCUACCAUUCAUUCAAGUGCCAUUAGUCCUUAAAAUGCAUUUAAGGAAAGAAGAAACAAGUCCACUUUCACCCUCAUCUAAUCAGGUAUAUUACAAACAUUGGAGUGACAGUGUCCUAGAUAGACACAGUAUUUCUCACAUGUGCCUGUACUGAGAAAAUGGCACACCAGUUAGCAUGGUCAUGUCACCUUGUGCGUAGCAUUGAAACUUAUAAGAUCAUAAAAAUUUUAAAUCAGAUGAGGGAUUCACAACUGUUCAUUUUGGUAGUGCCUCAGGCAGCCUUUCCAGAGUAAAUUCAAGGCUCCAUUACACCUUAUGCUUGAUUUGACAUACUUUGCCCUUUUUCAUUUUGUAAAUUUCCUAGAAAGCCAUCUUCAGUAAAUUUCUCCUAGUCUCUUUAUGUGUGUGAUUGACAGUCAUGGAAGUGACAUGAGGUAGGCCAGAAGUUUGGUUGAGAUUGUGAGAGACUGUGCUUUUAUGGAUGUCAUACUUGAGAGCAAGUGUGUAAGUUACUAAUAAUAUAUGAACUGAUGUUAAAUGUAUCUUCCAUUCAAAUUACCUGUAGAUAAAGUUCCUGAUGAGAUAUAA